GUCUAACUUGUAAAAGAUUAGAGACCCUUGAUUUAAAAAUCCUCCACCUUGGAAACAAAACCUGAAUAAGAUUUAGGCCACAUUACAGUAUUUAAAAAAAACUAGCUAGGUUUGAUCAAAAAAAAAAAAACUAGCUAGGAUCCUAGGCCACAUAAUGUUUAUAAUACGAUACACAUAGGAAUUAAAGACAUUAUCUUAUAACCAAAUCACUAACCCACCAACCUUUUAAUUGACUAUUUAUUAAAGGGACAUAAGCAUAAGCAACAAAGUCUCAUCAGCAACAUUAACAACAUCAAAAACUCAGGGAUAAACAAAAAAAGAAGAGAGAAGAAAAUGGGAGAAGAAACAAAAGCAAAAGUGUUAGUCUUCCCAUUAGCGAUCCAAGGACAUAUAAACCCUCUCCUCCAAUUCUCAAAACGUCUAAUCUCCAAAAACGUCGCCGUCACAUUCCUCACCACAUCAUCCACACACAACACCAUCAUCCGCCGUGCCAUGGCCACCGCUCUUCCGCUCUCUUUCGUCCCCCUGGACGACGGCUUCGAGGAAGGCCACUCAUCCAGCGAACCAUCUUCCGAGUACUUUGCAAAGUUAGAAGAAAACGUCUCUCGAAGCCUCUCUCAACUUAUCUCCUCCAUGGAACCUAAACCAAACGCCGUCGUUUACGACUCGUGUACGCCUUGGAUUCUCGACGUUUGCCGGAAACAUCCAGGGGUCGCUGCGGCGCCGUUUUUCACUCAGUGCUCCACCGUCAACGCCAUUUACAUCCAUUUCUUGCGAGGAGAGUUUAAGGAGUUUCAAGACGACGUCGUCUUGCCUGCGAUGCCUCCGUUGAAAGGUAGCGACCUGCCGGGGUUUCUGUACGACAAUAAUCUAUGCCGUCCGUUGUUUGAGCUCACUUGUAGCCAGUUUGUGAAUGUUGAUCACGUUGACUUCUUCUUGGUUAACUCUUUCGACGAACUCGAGCCUGAGGGACAUAAGCAUAAGCAACAAAGUCUCAUCAGCAACAUUAACAACAUCAAAAACUCAGGGAUAAACAAAAAAAGAAGAGAGAAGAAAAUGGGAGAAGAAACAAAAGCAAAAGUGUUAGUCUUCCCAUUAGCGAUCCAAGGACAUAUAAACCCUCUCCUCCAAUUCUCAAAACGUCUAAUCUCCAAAAACGUCGCCGUCACAUUCCUCACCACAUCAUCCACACACAACACCAUCAUCCGCCGUGCCAUGGCCACCGCUCUUCCGCUCUCUUUCGUCCCCCUGGACGACGGCUUCGAGGAAGGCCACUCAUCCAGCGAACCAUCUUCCGAGUACUUUGCAAAGUUAGAAGAAAACGUCUCUCGAAGCCUCUCUCAACUUAUCUCCUCCAUGGAACCUAAACCAAACGCCGUCGUUUACGACUCGUGUACGCCUUGGAUUCUCGACGUUUGCCGGAAACAUCCAGGGGUCGCUGCGGCGCCGUUUUUCACUCAGUGCUCCACCGUCAACGCCAUUUACAUCCAUUUCUUGCGAGGAGAGUUUAAGGAGUUUCAAGACGACGUCGUCUUGCCUGCGAUGCCUCCGUUGAAAGGUAGCGACCUGCCGGGGUUUCUGUACGACAAUAAUCUAUGCCGUCCGUUGUUUGAGCUCACUUGUAGCCAGUUUGUGAAUGUUGAUCACGUUGACUUCUUCUUGGUUAACUCUUUCGACGAACUCGAGCCUGAGGUGCUAGAAUGGAUGAAGAACCAAUGGCCUGUCAAGAACAUAGGACCAAUGAUUCCAUCAAUGUACAUAGACAAACAAUUACCAGGCGACAAAGACUAUGGAAUCAGUCUCCUCAAUGCUCAAGUCAACGAAUGCCUUGAUUGGCUUGACUCAAAACCGCGUGGUUCAGUGAUCUACGUCUCAUUCGGGAGCUUAGCGGUUCUAAAAGACGAUCAAAUGAUUGAAGUUGCGGCUGGUCUAAAACAAACCGGUCUUAAUUUCAUAUGGGUGGUUAGAGAAAAAGAGACAAAGAAGCUCCCAAGCAACUACAUAGAGGAAAUUGGUGAGAGAGGACUGAUAGUGAAUUGGAGUCCUCAGCUACAGGUUCUUGAGCAUAAAUCGAUUGGUUGUUUCAUAACGCAUUGCGGAUGGAAUUCAACUCUAGAGGCAUUGAGCUUAGGAGUAGCUUUGAUUGGGAUGCCGGCUUAUAGCGAUCAACCGACUAAUGCUAAGUUUAUAGAAGAUGUGUGGAAGGUUGGAACAAGGGUUAAGGCAGAUAAAGAUGGGUUUGUGACGAAAGAAGAGAUUGUGAGAUGUGUUGGAGAAGUUAUGGAGGAGACAUCAGAGAAAGGGAAAGAUAUUAGAAAGAAUGCUAUGAGAUUGAUGGAGUUUGCAAAACAAGCUUUGGCUGAAGGAGGAAACUCUGAUAAGAAUAUUGAUGAGUUUGUUGCUAAAAUUGCUAGGUAAACUGUUCGUACCUAUGUGUUUUUGGAGCUUCAGAAAACUAAAAAUUUAUAAUGCAAUUUGUGUUGUUGGUGUUGGAGUUGGUUUUAAUUUGAUCUGAACAACAUGAAAAUAAUUGGAGCCGGAGCAAGUACCGGCAAGUUUUGUGAUUGAAAAAUACAGAAACUAAGAAGUUAAGUAUUAUGCAUUUUUUAUUUGUUGAAUAUUUGUUUUCUUCUUAUAUGUCAUUGAUUAUCUAUCACUGAA